AUGCCAAAGAUAAGGAGUACAAAGAGUAAGAAAGCACCAGGAGGUUAUGAUUCAAUCAAACCAACAUUAGAUGAAUUUGAUGAUAAAAUGAAAGAUGUUCAAUCAAAAGCAUUAACUAAAACAGGUAAGAAAAAUGAAGCAUUAUGGGAUAUUUUCAGAAUAAGCCAUCAAAGAUCAAGAUAUAUUUAUGAAAUGUAUUAUAAAAAAAAAGUUAUAUCAAAAGAUUUAUAUGAUUGGGUUUUAAAAAAUAGGAAAAUUAAUGCUAAUUUAAUUGCCAAAUGGAAAAAACAAGGUUAUGAACAUCUUUGUUGUGUUAAAUGUAUCCAAGGGAAUGAAAGUAAUAAUGGUGGGACUUGUAUUUGUCGUGUUCCAAGAGCUACUUUGGAGAAAAAUGAAAAAAUCAAGUUUACACAAUGUGUUAAUUGUGGUUGUCGUGGUUGUGCUAGUACUGAUUGA